AUGUCUGAUGAUGGUUCAACGGUUGUAGAGAAGAAGGGACGCGGCAGACCUAAAGCCAAUGGAACACAAGCAGAGGCCAAAGUUGAUAGCAAGAAAAGAGGCAGACCGCCAGCACCAACCAGGACUAAAGAAUCUGCAAAAUCAUCUGAUGAUGAGCAGGCACCAAUAGCAAAAAGAGGACGAGGACGGCCUAAGGGGUCCAAGAAAAAGUCAUCUGCAAGAGGAAAGAGCGCACCAGUCGAAGGGCGGGGACGUGGACGACCACGCAAGGACCCGGCACCACCUAAAAAAGAUGCUGCCUCUACUGAAGAAGAACAGGAUGAAGAUGAUGAAGAUGAGGGAUCUGAAGAACAGUAA